AAUCUCAAACCCUAAGCCAAGUCGUAAACGUACUCGUAAUUUAUCUUUAUUUCCAGUCCAGCCAAAACAGACGUCGACCCACAAAAUCGCAAAAUCACAAAAAGUAACAACAAAAUCCGUUGUACGCGUACAAUUGUGUGGCGUGUGGCUAGUACUUUCAGAGCUCCAUCAGAGGCCCCAAGUUGUCGCAGUCACUUGUCUGCCGCCUGUCGACGGGGCCGCACUUCGAGUCGCCUCAAUGUUCGGGGGUCUCAAUCGCGUGUAGUGAAAUUAUAUUACAAAUUAUACAUAUAAUUCUUUUUCUUUUGUUAAUGAUAUGCAAUUUGCCAAACGAUUGGCCAGUGAAAAUGCCAAUAGAUUGUGUUUUUAAUUUAUCGCGUGCCGCUGCCGUGUACUACACUGGUGAACAAAUUUCGGGUUGUCUCUCAAUAAAAGUGGACCUCAAGAAGCCUGUUCCCGUGGAGGGCAUAAGCAUCAUCCUAAGUGGCAUCAGCUAUGUACACUGGAAGGAGUCCCUCGGGGGACCACCACAAAUUGAACACAACGACAGCUCCAGGAGCUGCCUGGAGGAGCCAACCAAAGUGGAUUACACAGGCAGCAAAGUUCACAUAAAUCAAGUUAAGAAGUUGACCGCUGGACAACGCCUACUUCCGGGCAUUACCCAACUGUGGAACUUUGACUUUGAACUUCCCGAAAGUCUGCCAGCCACUUGUCGAGUUGGUCAUGGCUCUGUCGAGUAUACCCUUAAAGUGAUUAUUGAACGAAGGAGCAAACACUUCAAGUGCUUCACGCAGCGUUUGGUCAUCAGAAGAAGCCUCGCACUUACAGAUCUCAAGCCGCAAAUGAAGGAGGAAUCAUGCCUGAGACUUUGGCUUCCAAGAAGUGUCUUUGUGCCAGGUCAAAGUGUUGUCUAUAAAGUGGCAUCGAAGAAUGGCUCUGCUGCCAUCACACGGCUAUGUCAGUGUAUCUAUUAUGAGGGUCAAAAUCCUGAAAGAAAGAUUAAAAAAGUCAUACGUAUCCUAUCAGAGUGCUCCGAAUUCCAAGCUGAACUUCGUUUGCCUUUGACCUCCCCGAUUAUGACUGAUGAAAGGCAGACACAACCCAUAGAAAUCAGUUAUUAUAUCGAGACUCUAAGCCACAUGAAACCUCCUCUAAGGCUGCCAAUUUGUGUGGGAACUUCAGCACCACCUGCUAUUUCUAUCGUUGAAUCUUCCCGUCUUUGUUUUGUGAAUUUAGCCCUUAGUCAAAGCGAAUUGUUUGAGCCAAUUAAUCAGCUACUGGCCCACAGCUACUAUUCCCAUGAAAGUGGUGCCCUGGCCCAAAAUAAACACUCCGAUCGGAUUAAAUUACUGACAUGCCAGAAGAAACAGUCGUAUGUGCAAUUUUUAAUGCGGUAUUUCUAUAGAAGAUUGCUACCAUAGCACGUGCCUGACUGGGGAAUAUCAUUAGAAAAUUAUGCCAUGGAAUUCCCAUGUUUAUAAUGAUAUACGUUUGGAAAUUACUGGAAUUUAAGCGCAACUUAAAUGAGCGAAUAAACUAUACAAUGGGAAUCGAGGGAGGGAGUGUCCCCAUUAACCUUAGAAUCUCAUUCUCUCAUUGUUACUCUAUUAACAGUAUAUAAAAGUAGCCGAAAUGUCAUACUCUCCUUCGAUACAGGCACGUUAUCUCAUCUUCCAUCCUUUGUCUGUAUUUGCCAACCCUUAAUCCAAUCUACUCUCCACUUCAUUAUCGCAAUUAUGCAUGCAAAAUUAAUGGAGCAAAAGCAAACCACCCAAAAAGAUGUCGAGGUCUUAAUUGUGCCACAUAAUGUGGCAACAAAGUGGUCGAACGGGUUGGAGGCCAACACCCAAUACAAAACAUCCAAUAAUGUACUUUGUCGUGACGCACUUUGAUUGCUUUUGUGUUUGGUCAAGAAUUGAUGUAUGGUAAUACUCUUACUCGUAUGUAGGCAGAUAUUGUUGGCUCCUGACCUCGCCAGCAUCCGCCCCGUUGCGUUUUUGGCCAUGUUUUUGUUUUGUGGCUCAACAAAGGAAACCGAAAGGAGAGAAAGAAAGACAGAAACAGAAACAGAGAGAGAGAGAGAGAAAGAGAGAGCCGGAUAGUCAGUGGCGGCGGCUUCAUUUCCGAGCGAUUCGCGUUGAAAUAUUAGACCAGAAGCAGACAGUAGACACAGGCUGCACAGACGCAAGGCGCCAACUUAUUGAUUCGUUGUCCCGCCGCCAGUCCGCCAAUCCUGCCCCAAACCACCGAAAAAGGGAAAGCCUGAAAGACGGUGGCGGCAGUGGCGGCACUGUUGGCAGUGGCGGAUGCUGUAUGCCACACAACACAAAGAGGUCCGUGCCGCAGAGAGAGCUCAGUGCGCGUCUGGCUGUGUGGAAGUUGGGCUGUGUUGGCUCUCUGCGGUUUUUUCUUUUGUUGAUAUCCUUUCGAAUGCAGUAAAAGUGAAAAAUUUGAAGCGAAGCCAUGC